UACUACAAAUACCGAAAACCUUUUCUUCUUCGUCCUUUAUAGUUUUUCCCACUGAGGCUCUCUCUCUCUCUCUCUCUCUCUCUUCCUCUGCGCCUGAAAGAUUAGUGUGUUGGAUAUGGGGUUUAAUGCGGUUUUUAGCUCCUUGAAGGAGGUUUUUCCCCAGGUUGAUUUUCGUGUUCUGAAAGCUGUUGCUAUAGAAAAUUCUAAUGAUCUUGACGCAGCUGUCAAUGAUGUGCUGAACGAGGUUCUCCCUUUCUUGACCAAACAUCCUGAGAGUCCUGCAAAGGUUCAGACUCCUAGCAGCCAACCAACUGCAGUUGAACCUGAGGAGCAGAGUAAAGAAUUAAAUCACCAGCAGGUAGUUAAGGAAGUAGAGGUUGAGUCUUUUCCAGCAGCAAGAUCCACUGAUGUUGACAAUGCCAACACUACUGAUCAAACAGAAUUUACAAGUGGUGCCUCCCAUGAGGUUUGUACACUGGUAGAUGAUACAAAUUCAUCACAGAAUCUCCUUGCCUCUUCAGAUGGAGAUCAAGCAACUGGGCAUGAUGAACAAGAAUUUGUGAACACUGGAAGUGAAGAACUGGAGCGACGUGGAAAGAAGAUUAAUGAGGAUGAUGACACUUUCAUAUUGCCAGAGGGGGUAGAAACAUUUCUGAGUGAUACUCAGCUUUAUACUGAAACAACAGCAGCUGGUAAUGUCGAAGCUGGGCUUCAGCAGUCUUCAUCUGGAAUGGCAACCAGCUCAGUACAUGAAAAAGAGGGGGUUCAUGACGGCUUGGUCAAUGUGCCCUAUGAAUGGAAAGAUUUUGAUUUUUCUCAGACUGAUGAUCUGUCUCUGUUGGAGGGUGAAAAUUCUAUUGUUCAGCUGGAUCCUCCUUUUCCAGAACAUGCAACAGAAACUGUCCUUUCCAAGGAAGACGAGUCUUUCUGUAAUAUGGCUGAUAUGAAGGAGUCCACCACGAAUAGCAUAUGCAAUAUUGAUGUUCUUGAAGAGAGCAUUGAAGAUGCUAAACAUAACAAGAGAACAUUGUUUUCAGCCAUGGAGUCUGUUAUCACCAUGAUGAGAGAAGUGGAACUGGAAGAGAAAGCUGUGGAUCGUGUCACAGAGGAAGCCGCAAGGGGAGGUCAGGAUAUUAUGGUUAAGGUGGAGGAACUAAAACUGAUGUUGGCACAUGCGAAGGAUGCAAAUGACAUGCAUGCUGGUGAAGUUUAUGGGGAGAAGGCAAUUUUAGCAACUGAAGUUAGAGAGCUUCAAUGUCGAUUGCUCAGUUUGUCAGAUGAAAGGGAUAAGUCACUUGCAAUCCUUGACGAGAUGCGUGAAACACUUGAAGCACGACUAACUGGAGUUGCAGAGUUGAGAAAAAUGGCCGAGGAUGAAAAGCUAGAAAAGGAAGAAUCUGCACGGAAAGCUCUUGCUGAACAAGAAACCAUCAUGGAGAAAGUGGUUGAGGAGUCGAAGACACUGCAACAGGCAGCGGAGGAAAAUUCCAAGUUGCGGGAGUUUCUGAUGGACCGUGGCCACAUUGUAGAUAUGCUACAAGGAGAAAUCUCUGUAAUUUGUCAGGAUGUCAAGUUGCUGAAAGAGAAGUUUGAUGAUCGUGUUCCUCUAAGCCAGUCUGUUUCAUCUAGCCAGACAAGUUGCAUCUUAGCUUCUUCAGGCUCAUCCUUGAAAAGCGCGGCAUCUGACUUGCUUCUAGAACGAGUUGGGUCAGUUGGGUCAUCUGAGUCACCAAAGACCAUAGAGAGGGCAAGUCCUGUUGCUUCAGUUGACGGUCUCUCACCAAAAUACAGACUAGAAGAUAAAACAGUCAAGGUCGAUAAACAAGCUCUUAUGGCCGAUGGGUGGGAUGUCUUUGACGAAGAUCUCUUGGAGUAGUAAACUCUCAAGUUACGAAGAUCUUCACCUCAUGCUUUUUUGUCUUGGUUUUUGGUAGGGUUAUUUUUCACUAUAGAGCGCUCUGUCCUCCUAUAGAGAUGGUGAGCUUUCUGCAGUGAAUUUAUUUUGUACAGCAAAAUAAUUUAAACUUGGAGAUUUUGAAUAUAUUCUAUAUAUAUAUAUAUAUGAGCAAUGAAAAUGCAUGAAA